UUUUAUGGUAAUGUUAAUAUAAAUCCAAUUGACACUAAUGCGUAACAUAACAAAAUUUAUCUUCAAGAGUAGGUAGUUAUAGUGUAGUUUAGCUGUACUAACUGUUGGAUUCGAUUUCGGUACUGUGUAUAUUCAACCAGUUACGAAAAUGACUAAAUUCCACCUAUGUCACCUCGACGUCCUUCGUACCAAAAUUGAGCAAUUUUUAACGCAGUUUUAGCCGCGCACUACUACUAUUUGAAACCAACUGAUUGAUAAGCCAUUGGAAUCUAAUGAAAAACCACCAUUAGGAAAUAAGGAGGUUGAAGGUGAAUGCAAUCAACAAAAUCUUCAAACAGCAUCCACUAUAAUGCAGCCAGAUCUUUUGGGCAUAACUCAAAUGUUAAGAAUGGUUGAUCCUGUACAAAACCCAGGCAACAAACUAGAUUAUAUAAAUAAUGGAACAGUUGUCAUUAGUAAACUCAACCCUAACAUCCCUGAGUUUACAUACAACAAAACAUCAAGGAAAUCAAUAGAUAAUUCUAACCAACUUCUGAUUAAGACUGAUCCAAACUGUGAUAUUAGUAAUAUGGUAGACUUAAGUAAACUCAAUGAUGAAUAUAAUAAUAAAUUGCAAAAGAAAUUAAUUUCUAAAAUAGGAACCACACAACCCACUUGUGAGAAAUCAAGGCGGGAACGCAAUGCCGCUAUUGCGGGGAUAUUGAAACUAAGCACACAACCAACUGCAAAUGUGAAACUUAUGAUACCAGAUGAGUUUAUGAAGAAUGAAAAUACUGAUAGCACUGACACACCUACUAAAGAGGUUAUCAAAAGAUCUGUUGAUAGAGUCGAUAAGUGGUUGAAUGGAGCACCUGAAACAUCUAAAAAACCUUUAUAUUUAGGACCCAUAAUAUUUAAGAAAAAAAUAUUAAAGUCGACUGAGAGCAAUAUGUCACUCAAUACGGUCUCUAGUGAGGAAUUGAAAGUCAGCAAUUUCUCACCUACUAACAUAGCAAAUGAACUAACUGAAAAAUAUACAAAAAGAAUAAAGCAGGUGGAGGAUGCAUCUAUGGACAUAUGGUCCAAACUAGAAAGGGACCUAAGGGCGAAAGACGAAGAAAUUAAAAAAAAAUCCUCUAAUAGCUCUUUAAGAUAAAUACUUACAACAAUAUAUACUAGAUAAUUUGAUAGCGCAUCGUCCUAUCUACAUUAAAAUCUUUUUAUUUUGGCGUCAGUUAAAGACGGAUUUAUACGGACUAGAAUGAAAUGCUUAAUCUAUAUUUUAUAGAUUAAUGAACGACGGUAUGGAAAAUCCAGAAUGAAAAAUACUAAAACCAACAUAGGAAAAAAUUGUCUAAAGCUCUCUUUAACCACAGUCAAAAGACUUAGUAUCGUCUUUCGCUUUUUAAGUAAACUCAAUUUUAUCUCAUUAAAGAUUGUCUCAUAUAGACAAUGGUAGAGUAUGUGCGGAAAGUGAACCGUAGUGCGAUUUCAGGUCCCACCAGACCCAAAUCACUUUUUUUAUAUUGACAACACUGAUACGUCGUUAUAGUUCGACAG